GCUGGCCACUGCAUCUGCCACUCUAGACCUGGAACUAAGAGGAGGACUCCAACCCACAAAAUGACAGAAGAUAAGGUCACCGGGACCUUGGUUUUGGCUGUCUUCACUGCUGUGCUAAGUUCCUUCCAGUUUGGAUAUGACAUUGGAGUGAUCAAUGCACCUCAACAGGUAAUUAUAACCCACUAUAGACAUGUUCUGGGUGUUUCACUGGAUGACCGAAAAGCUAUCAACAACUAUGCUCUCAACAGUACAGAGGAAUUGCCCAUAAGCCCAGGAGAUCCAACACCAGUCUCUUGGACUGAGGAAGAGGCUAUGACAUCAGCUAGCCUCAUCACCAUGUUCUGGUCCCUGUCUGUGUCCAGCUUUGCAGUUGGUGGAAUGAUUGCAUCGUUCUUUGGAGGGCUUCUUGGGGACAAGCUUGGAAGAAUCAAAGCCCUGUUGGUAGCAAACAUUCUUUCGUUAGUUGGAGCUCUCUUGAUGGGGUUUUCGAAACUGGGACCAUCUCACAUUCUUAUAAUUUCAGGAAGAGGCAUAUCAGGACUCUACUGCGGGCUAAUUUCAGGCUUGGUUCCAAUGUACAUUGGUGAAAUUGCUCCAACCACACUCAGGGGUGCUAUUGGUGCUCUUCAUCAGCUGGCUGUUGUCACGGGCAUCCUUAUUAGUCAGAUCGUUGGCCUUGACUUUAUCCUGGGCAAUCACGAGCUAUGGCACAUCCUGCUUGGUUUGUCUGCUGUGCCAGCCAUUCUCCAAUGUCUGCUGCUCUUCUUCUGUCCAGAAAGCCCCAGAUACCUUUACAUCAAGCUGGAUGAGGAAGCCAAAGCAAAGAAAAGCUUGAAAAGACUCAGAGGAAGUGAUGAUGUCACCAAAGACAUCUCUGAGAUGAGAAAAGAGAGGGAAGAAGGAUCAAAUGAAAAGAAGGUCUCCAUAAUUCAGCUCUUCACCAGUUCCAGCUACCGACAGCCUAUUCUAGUGGCACUGAUGCUGCAUUUGGCUCAGCAAUUCUCUGGAAUCAAUGCGAUAUUUUACUACUCAACCAGCAUUUUCCAGACAGCUGGAAUCAGCCAACCUGUUUAUGCAACCAUUGGAGUUGGUGCUGUCAACACAGUUUUCACUGCUGUCUCUGUGUUCCUGGUGGAGAAGGCAGGGCGACGCUCCCUGUUCCUAACUGGAAUGAGUGGAAUGUUUGUUUGCGCCGUCUUCAUGUCUGUGGGACUGCUGCUCUUGAAUAAAUUGCCUUGGAUGAGUUACGUGAGCAUGACAGCCAUCUUCCUCUUCGUCUCCUUUUUUGAAAUUGGGCCAGGCCCCAUCCCCUGGUUCAUGGUGGCGGAGUUUUUCAGUCAAGGACCACGCCCUGCUGCUUUAGCAAUAGCUGCGUUCAGCAAUUGGACAGGCAAUUUCAUUAUAGCCCUGUGUUUCCAGUACAUUGUGGACUUCUGUGGACCUUAUGUGUUUUUCCUUUUUGCUGGUGUGGUCUUGGCCUUUACUCUGUUUACAUAUUUUAAAGUUCCAGAAACCAAAGGAAAAUCCUUUGAGGAAAUUGCGGCAAAGUUCCGAAAGAAGAGGGGUUCAGCUGCAACGCCAAAACCUGCUGUAGAAAUGGAAUUCCUCGGACCUACAGAAACCAUUUAACCUACUUUUGGACAUGAGCAAUAACAGGAAGAAAGCAGUGUUUUUUCAAUGACAUUUUUUUGAGAAUUUUAUAUCUGUAUCUUGAAUUACUGUUAUUUUUUAUAGAGACUUUAUAGGCUCUGAUCAGAAGUAUCAUCAAAUAUUACAAAAAAGUAUUUUUUCUUUUAACUUAGAGACUCUAUGUUGGGUGGUAAGACUGUAAGAAAACCAAAAAAUCUAGCUCAUUUUGUUACACUAACUGGUAAGUACAUUUAAUACAAAAAAAAUUUUUUUGUUACUUUGAAGACCAAAUGGUUUUUGUGAAAUUAAACACUAAAAAGCCUGGUCAUUUAGCAUGGGUUAUCAGUUAAAACAACCAUCACAAACUUGUGCUAAUUCCUUGCUGGCUCAAUCCCUUGAGCUAUAUUUUGUUCUGCUUUUUUAUUGACCACAGUCUGGUUUUCUGAGUUGUGUUAUAAAAUACAGUCAAACAGUAAUAAAUCAAACAUUUGUUUAUCUCCUCAAACUUCAAAUAAGAUAUAGCAGUCUAACGUAGGAAAUUGGAAGUAAAAGAUUGCUCUGUUUGUUAAAAAAUAUUUUCUGAACUAUUAUGUUUUAAAAUAGGUUGAAAAGCUAGGGUUGGAAGAUCCUGAGGGUGACCUCCUGAAAAUUCAAAAACAUUGAAUUUCAGCCUUGAUCAAAAUCCUUAUUUAAUUUUCCUGGAAAGACUGAGUUCCCAAACACAAAGCAAUCAUUCUUUUUCGUGUUUCCUUUUCUGCCUUGGCAGUAUAUGGAGCUAUCUAAGCUGUUCCGUUAGAUUGCGAACAUUUAUUGUACACUACUUAUGUGCCAAACACUAAGUGCUUUUACCUAUGUAGACAAAUUGGAAAUACACAGAUGAUUAAACAGACUUUCACUUAGUCAAUUUUGCAACUAUGGAAAUACAGUUCUGAAGGAUACCAAAGGCUUAAAUAUCUCCAGGCUCUUUUCCUCACAAAGUGGAACACUGAAUCAAUCCUUUUUACAUUGGCUUUAAUGUAUGGAAGAGAAAGGCACUUUUAAAAAAGUCCUUUUAAAAAG